AUGUCAGAUUCCACAGAACUGGCGACUAUCCGAGCCAAACUGAAGGAGCGCGAAAGAACAUCCGAAUACUUCAACCAGAUAUGGGAAGAUGAAGCACUGCCGCGCUUGAAGGAGACCAUGGUCAAAGGCAACAUCACAGACUAUAAUAUUUCGAUUCAGGCUGACUACAGCGAGUAUGGUGUCCUCAGAAUUGUGGAAGUUGUUACCAGGAAAAGGCUACCAGACAACACAAAUCAAGAGCUCAGAAGGAAUGUCUCCAAGAUAUUUACGCCGGAGAGGUCACUGCACGUUACCAUAUCUUUCACCAUCGGAGUCGUCAAGCGCACCUCUGGAACAGAGGAACCCAAUCAAGUGGGGUGA